ACGAGCCGCGCCGCAGGUGACCGAGUCCGGGAGAAGGAGGGGUUGGGGGGAGUGUAUAUACCGCAUCCCUGGUUCUGACAGCGGGAGGCGAAAAAUAAAAACAAUUAAAAAAAACCCAACAACAAAACAAACGCCGGGAGGACUACAGGCCCGCGUCCCCUCCCCCAACCCAACAUGAGCAUCUCCCUCUCCGCCUCUGAGCACUGAGGAGGAGCCCGGCGCGGGCAGCCGGAGAUGCCCCAGGAGGCGGCUUAGGGGGCGCGGGCUCCGGACUGGGGAGCCCCAGGAUAGGCCUGGAGAUGGCGGCUCGGAGCGCCCCGAACUGCCACCUGCGGCUGGAGUGGGUGUACGGCUACCGUGGCCACCAGUGCCGCAACAACCUCUACUAUACGGCCGCCAAGGAGAUCGUCUACUUCGUGGCCGGGGUCGGCGUCGUGUACAGCCCCCGCGAGCAUCGGCAGAAGUUCUACCGGGGACACAGCGACGACAUCAUCAGCCUUGCAUUGCAUCCUGAACGAGUGUUGGUGGCAACUGGACAAGUUGGGAAAGAACCGUAUAUCUGUGUUUGGGACUCAUAUACGGUGCAAACUGUAUCAGUGCUUAAGGAUAUUCAUACACAUGGCAUAGCUUGCUUAUCAUUCGACUUGGAAGGGCAACGCUUAGUAUCUGUUGGACUGGAUUCAAAAAAUGCAAUAUGUGUUUGGGAUUGGAGAAAAGGAAAAAUGUUAUCUAUGGCUCCUGGACAUACAGACAGAAUAUUUGAUAUUUCUUGGGACUUGUAUCAACCAAAUAAACUUGUCAGUUGUGGUGUAAAACAUAUUAAGUUCUGGAGUUUGUGUGGAAAUUCUUUGACUCCAAAGCGAGGUGUCUUUGGUAAGGCCGGUGAUCUUCAGACAAUACUGUGCCUUGCCUGUGCAAGAGAGGAAUUAACAUAUUCUGGUGCCCUCAAUGGGGAUGUCUAUGUAUGGAAAGGAAUCAAUCUUAUACGUACAAUACAGGGAGCACAUACAGCAGGAAUUUUCAGUAUGAAUGCAUGUGAGGAAGGCUUUGCUACUGGUGGCAGAGAUGGUUGUAUUCGUCUCUGGGAUUUAACUUUUAAACCAAUUACUGUAAUUGAUCUCAGGGAAACAGACCAGGGAUACAAAGGUUUGUCUGUCAGGAGUGUUUGUUGGCGUGGAGAUCAUAUCCUAGUUGGAACACAAGAUAGUGAAAUUUUUGAAAUUGUGGUGCAUGAACGAAAUAAGCCUUUCCUCAUUAUGCAGGGACACUGUGAAGGUGAACUUUGGGCCUUGGCAGUGCACCCAACUAAGCCUCUGGCUAUGACUGGAAGUGAUGAUCGCUCAGUCAGGAUAUGGAGCCUGAUAGAUCAUGCAUUAAUAGCAAGAUGUAAUAUGGAGGAGCCAAUUCGUUGUGCAGCUGUUAGUAUAGAUGGAAUUCAUCGCCUUGGAAUGAAGGAUGGUUCUUUGACUGUACUUCGAGUAAGAGAUAUGACAGAAGUCGUUCAUAUUAAAGAUAGAAAGGAAGCUAUUCAUGAACUAAAAUAUUCACCAGAUGGAACUUUCCUUGCUGUUGGAUCAAAUGACAGCUCAGUUGAUAUUUAUGGAGUUGUCCAGCGGUACAAAAAAGUUGGAGAAUGUGUUGGAUCUCUUAGUUUCAUUACUCAUUUGGAUUGGUCUUCAGACAGUAGAUAUUUACAGACCAAUGAUGGAAGUGGAAAAAGACUAUUUUAUAGGAUGCCAAGUGGAAAAGAAGUGACAAAUAAAGAAGAAAUGAAAGGUGUUCAAUGGGCUUCAUGGACUUGUGUUUCAGGCCUUGAGGUUAAUGGAAUUUGGCCUAAGUAUUCUGAUAUCAAUGAUAUAAAUUCUGUAGAUGGAAAUUUUAUUGGCCAAGUUUUAGUUACAGCUGAUGACUAUGGAAUUAUAAAACUAUUCCGAUAUCCUUGUUUAAGAAAAGGAGCCAAGUUUAAAAAAUACAUUGGUCAUUCAGCUCAUAUAACCAAUGUUAGAUGGUCACAUGAUUAUCAGUGGGUUAUUUCUAUUGGUGGAGCAGAUCACUCUGUUUUUCAGUGGAAGUUUAUUCCCGAGAGAAAACUGAAGGAUUCCCUUCAUAUAGCACCACAAGAAAGUCUAGCUGACUCUAAUAGUGAUGAGUCAGAUUCAGAUCAGUCUGAUGUUCCAGAACUGGACUCUGAAAUUGAACAAGAGACUCAGAUCACAUAUCAUCGACAGGUUUACAAAGAAGAUCUACCUCAACUUAAAGAGCAGUACAGAGAGAAACACAAAAGUGCUACAUCUAAAAGAAGAGUACAAGCCCCAGGACAGAGUAUACGGUUACAUUUUGUGCAUGGUUACAGAGGCUAUGAUUGUCGAAGUAAUCUAUUUUACACUCAGAUUGGUGAAAUUGUGUACCAUGUUGCAGCUGUGGGUGUGAUUUAUAAUCGACAACAAAAUACACAACGAUUUUAUCUGGGUCAUGAUGAUGACAUUCUCUGUCUGGCAAUUCAUCCUUUAAAAGACUAUGUGGCAACAGGCCAGGUAGGUAGGGAUCCUUCAAUACACAUAUGGGAUACAGAGACCACUAGACCAUUGUCAAUAUUAAAGGGCUAUCAUCAAUAUGGUGUUUGUGCUGUAGACUUCUCAGCGGAUGGCAAACGUCUUGCAUCAGUUGGAAUAGACGAUAGUCAUACUAUUGUGUUAUGGGACUGGAAGAAAGGCGAGAAACUCUCAGUUACAAGAGGAAAUAAAGAUAAGAUUUUUGUUGUGAAGAUGAACCCUUAUAUGCCUGAUAAAUUGAUUACGGCUGGUAUUAAACACAUGAAAUUUUGGCGGAGAGCAGGGGGAGGAAUGAUUGGGAGAAAAGGCUACAUCGGUCCCCUAGGGAAAAGUGAUACAAUGAUGUGUGCAGUAUAUGGUUGGACUGAAGAUAUGGCAUUCUCUGGAACAUCAACAGGAGAUGUGUGUAUCUGGAAAGACAUUUUUCUCAUAAAAACUGUCAAAGCACAUGAUGGACCAGUAUUCAGUAUGCAUGCUCUGGAAAAGGGCUUUGUAACUGGAGGAAAAGAUGGAGUAGUUGCCCUCUGGGAUGAUUCCUUUGAAAGGUGCCUCAAAACCUAUGCCAUCAAAAGAGCUUCUUUAGCUCCAGGAUCUAAAGGUCUUCUUUUGGAAGACAACCCUUCUAUACGUGCCAUAUCAUUAGGUCACGGUCAUAUCUUAGUAGGCACAAAGAAUGGCGAAAUACUGGAGGUAGAUAAAAGUGGGCCAAUUACUCUGCUCGUUCAGGGACACAUGGAAGGAGAUGUGUGGGGUUUAGCUACCCAUCCUCAUUUGCCUAUUUGUGCAACUGUAAGUGAUGAUAAGACCUUAAGAAUAUGGGAUCUAUCUCCUAGCCAUUGUAUGUUAGCUGUCCGGAAACUGAAGAAGGGAGGAAGAUGCUGUUGUUUUUCUCCUGAUGGUAAAGCUUUAGCUGUAGGUCUCAACGAUGGAAGUUUUUUAAUAGUGAAUGCAGAUACCUUAGAAGAUCUUGUCUCCUUUCAUCACAGAAAGGAUGUUAUUUCAGAUAUUCGUUUUUCACCUGGUUCUGGAAAAUAUCUAGCCGUGGCAUCCUAUGACAGCUUUGUAGAUAUCUAUAAUGUCAUGAGUAGUAAGCGAGUAGGAAUCUGCAAAGGUGCUACCAGUUACAUAACACAUAUUGACUGGGAUUUAAGAGGAAAACUUUUACAGAUCAAUACUGGUGCUAAAGAACAAUUAUUCUUUGAAGCUCCCCGGGGAAAAAAACAGAUUAUUCCUAGUCUAGAGGUAGAAAAAAUUAGUUGGGCAUCAUGGACAAGUGUUCUUGGUUCUUGUUGCGAGGGAAUUUGGCCAAUAAUUGGAGAAGUCACAGAUGUAACUGCCUCUUGUCUCACAAGUGACAAUGUCGUUUUAGCUACUGGCGAUGAUUUUGGAUUUGUGAAGUUAUUUAGAUAUCCUGCCAAAGGGAAAUUUGGAAAGUUUAAGAAAUAUGUAGCCCAUAGUACACAUGUCACAAAUGUUCGCUGGACUUAUGAUGACAGUUUAUUGGUCACAGUAGGAGGUCCAGACACAUCUCUUAUGGUUUGGACUUAUGAAAUGGAAGGUUAUCGAGAAAAAAGACCAUGUGAUAGUGAGGAAUCUGAUAUAGAAUCUGAGGAAGAUGGAGGAUAUGAUAGUGAUGUUAUGAGAGAGAAUGAGAUUACUUACACCAUCAGAGCCUUAUCAACAAAUAUCCGGCCAAUGUUUGGAAUCAAGCCUCAUUUACAGCAAAAAGAACCUACAGUGGAUGAAAGGCAAGGCGUAGUCAAGGGUUCCAGACCACCAGUUAGUAGGGCAUUACCCCAGCCUGAAAAACUUCAGACAAAUAAUGUUGGCAAAAAAAAGAGACCUAUUGAGGAUCUCGUGUUGGAACUUGUUUUUGGCUAUCGAGGCAAAGAUUGCAGGAACAAUGUUCACUAUUUGAAUGAUGGCAAUGAUAUAAUUUACCACACUGCAUCUGUUGGGAUCUUACACAAUGUGGCAACAGGCUUUCAGAGUUUUUAUCAGGAACAUAAUGAUGACAUUCUAUGCCUUACUGUAAAUCAGCACCCCAAAUUUAUCAACGUAGUGGCAACUGGCCAAGUAGGAGACUCAGCAGACAUGUCAGCUACAGCUCCUUCUAUACACAUCUGGGAUGCAGUCAACAAGCAAACUUUGUCUAUCUUACGAUGUUACCAUUCAAAAGGUGUAUGUUCUGUUAGCUUUAGUGCUACUGGAAAACUGUUGCUGUCUGUGGGUCUGGACCCAGAACAUACCAUUACCAUUUGGAAAUGGCAAGAAGGUGCUAAAAUUGCCAGCAGAGCAGGUCACAACCAACGUAUUUUUGUGGCAGAAUUCAGACCAGAUUCAGAUACUCAGUUUGUUUCAGUAGGAGUGAAACAUGUAAGAUUCUGGACCUUAGCUGGAAGAGCUCUUCUUAGUAAGAAAGGAUUGUUAAGUACAAUCGAAGAUACCCGGAUGCAGACAAUGCUAGCUGUAGCUUUUGGAGCAAAUAACUUGACAUUUACAGGUACCAUCAGUGGAGAUGUCUGUGUGUGGAAAGACCAUGUUCUAUGUCGUAUUGUGGCCAAAGCUCAUAAUGGACCUGUCUUUGCGAUGUACACAACCCUUAGAGAUGGGCUUAUAGUCACUGGUGGCAAAGAAAGACCGUCAAAAGAAGGAGGAGCAGUUAAGCUUUGGGACCAGGAGCUAAGGCGCUGCCGUGCCUUCAGACUGGAGACGGGACAAAUUACAGAUUGUGUUCGCUCUGUGUGCAGAGGCAAAGGAAAGAUACUAGUUGGGACUAAGAAUGCUGAAAUAAUUGAAGUAGGAGAGAAAAACGCAGUUUGUAAUAUUUUAGUUAAUGGUCAUAUGGAUGGACCAAUCUGGGGACUUGCAACACAUCCUUCAAGAGAUUUUUUCCUUUCCGCUGCAGAAGAUGGAACAGUAAGACUCUGGGAUAUUGCUGAUAAAAAGAUGCUAAAUAAAGUCAAUUUGGGUCAUGCUGCCCGUACUGUAUGCUAUAGCCCUGAAGGGGACAUGGUAGCUAUUGGCAUGAAAAAUGGAGAAUUUAUCAUUUUACUGGUGACUUCUCUAAAAAUAUGGGGAAAGAAAAGAGAUAGGAGAUGUGCCAUCCAAGACAUCAGGUUUAGUCCAGACUCCAGAUAUUUAGCAGUGGGUUCUAGUGAGAAUGCUGUGGAUUUUUAUGACCUAACAUUGGGUCCUACCCUUAAUAGAAUUAGCUACUGCAAAGACAUCCCAAGCUUUGUUAUUCAAAUGGACUUUUCGGCUGACAGCUGUUAUCUUCAGGUCUCCACAGGUUCAUACAAACGGCAUGUCUAUGAAGUGCCUUCAGGAAAACAGCUGAUGGAUCAGGCUGCCAUUGACAGAAUAACUUGGGCUACAUGGACUAGCAUUCUAGGAGAUGAAGUAGUUGGAAUAUGGUCAAGACAUACUGAGAAAGCUGAUGUCAAUUGUGCCUGUGUAUCUCAUUCAGGAAUCAGCCUUGUAACUGGAGAUGACUUUGGCAUGGUCAAGCUAUUUGACUUUCCAUGUCCAGAAAAAUUUGCAAAACACAAGAGGUUCUUAGGUCAUUCUGCACAUUUGACCAAUAUUCGGUUUACAAAUGGGGAUCGACAUGUUAUCAGUGCUGGAGGAGAUGACUGCAGCUUAUUUGUCUGGAAAUGCAUACAUAUGCCACACUGAAGGAAACGGGAAUGCUAAGAAGAUACUAUAAAAUUAUUCAAGAAUACAAAAAGAAAAGCCUUUGCAUGAUCAAGAAAUGGUGCUAACUCCAAAAUGAAUCAAAUUGGGGAAAUGCCUAGAAUCUUAUCAGAAAGAUUAUUAAUCUAUAGUAUAUUUGCUGUGGUACCUAAUCAUGUUGGUAAUCUGUUCACUGCCAGAUAUUCAAAAUAAUAUUCAGAUAAAUCACAGAGUUGAAUGUGAUCUUCACAUAAGAUCAAGGAUUUUAUUUUAAACAAAAGUUAUUUUUUUUCUGGGCUUUCAGUAUCAAUUUGGCAAAGCCAUGAGGUACAGUUUAUGGUGUAAUCAGGAAUUAUUUUUUUGGGGGAAGGGGGAUGUAGGUAAAAGACCUUUAUUCUUUAUAUUCCCACUUUUUUCUCUACCUUGCCCAUUCCUGUUCACCUUUUAGUUUCAUUUUCUUUAACCUUACUAUACAGUUAUAUAGCUAUUCUUUCCCACUCUUCUCUCCCCCCAAAACAAAAAGCAUUGGUUAUUUUUGAUCUAAAAAUGAAUGCUGAUAAAAAUGGUCAGUCAUGCAGAAAAUAUUUUUGAAAGCUACCUACUAAAACGCUAUAUCCUAUUUUGUUAAGGAAAAUGAAGUUAUUUCAGAGUGUAACUUCAUUUCAGCAAAUUUUGCAAAUUAAAAAUCUAAUAAUGGCUUACAUACAAUAAAUUUUCCCAGAGAAAAUUUGGUAUUGUAUAAAAACUUAUGUUUAUAAAAACUGAAGUCAUUGCAAAUUUUGUAACUAUCCUAUCUACAAUGAGUAAAUAAACUAAAUACACAUGAAGCUGCUCUCAUAGACCAGUAGUAAUUUGAUUUUUGCCAUGACUCAGAAAAUUUUUUACUUUGUGAAUGCUGAAAAGUAUAACUCUUAAUUACUAUUUUAUGAAUAAACCUAUUGCGAUUUCAACAUCAAAUUUUUAAGAUGAUAUAUUAUCACAGUCCGAAAAUGUUUGAGUUCUCAUCACCUUUUUCUGAGGUUCAGAAAUUAGCCAUAUAAACAAAGAACAUUUAGUACCCUAAAUAGAAAAUUGGAGUGGUGAUUCUCAUGUUAUUUGUGGGAUAAAUAAUACUAGCAUAAUGAAAUAUUUUUAAAGUAAUAGAAAUUUUAGGCAGGAAUAAAACUUAACUGGAAGGCAACAUGUUUGAAAGCCAUGAUGAUUCAUGUUUUGAUAAGAUUUAGAUGGCGUGUCUGACAUUUCUUCCAAUCUUGGGAUUAAUACUAUUUUACUUGGACUUGUAAAAUAUUAUUCACACAACAAAUUUAUUUUUAAAAAAUUAUGAAUAUGAAAUAAAUUCAUUGGUUUAUGAUAAAUACUUGGCAUAAAUUUAGUGUGAAGGAAAAUUGUUUUUUCCCUAUUGGGAAGAUUCACACAAUCUUCUACAGACUGGUUGGUUUCCACCGAUUUAAAAAUACUAAAUCAAAUGAACGUUGGAUCUGUUUCAAAAUUGAUCACAUUAAAAAAUUACUGCCUGGCUAAUUUAGACAAAUGAGUGAUACUUUACUCAUUUGUCUAUUAUUUCUUCGUAAGGACAAAUAAUUUGUACCAUUUUAUGUAUGAAAUUAAAGUCCAAUCCCAAUUUAGAAAAUUCUUAUAACAUCUAUUUAAAAUACCUAAAAAAUCUAUUGUGGGCUAGCUGUUCCUUUUCCCUGCGCCUCCUCUCCCCCCAGUCCUUAAGAUAGAUAACUUGGAUGUAAACUAUUACAUUAAGUCAUUGGAGUACAAUGUUUUAAACUGCUGCAAAAAACACAUUGAUAUGUCCCAGUGGCAUAAUUUAAUAUGGCAUCCAGAUGUAUCCAACUGCUUUCAAAAUUAGCUCAAUGUAGAAAAACAAGUCAUUUGCCUUUAUGAACAAUGCAAAUAUUUGCUAUUUGUGGAAUUCUGAGAACAAUUAUUUAAUUAUAUGUCAAAUGCAGAUCAUUGUUCUCUGAGGCAAAAACAUCAGAGGUAAAUAAUGUUAAGAUUCUCUAUUUGUAAGACAUGAGUAGUUAGAAAUUCUGAAUAGCAUUCCCAAAUACAUAAGUUCAUUUGGAAAGAUAGAUGAAAUAUGUUCUCUCAUGUCCUCUAUUCAUAGAAACUCUAAUAUCAAUGGAUUCUCCCAAAUUCUGGAUAAAACUAGUUUUAGGAUUCAUUCAUUUUCUUAAUCUUUUAAGCAAUUCUCACUUAACAAAUUUCCCUAAUAAUAUAGGCACUACACUGAAGAAGUAGUGAAAAGAAACUUCUUCUAAACUGCUCAGUGAAACAAUUCAUUUCAAAAACUUUUAAUGUUCAUUCAGCACAGAACUAGAUCUGUUUCCAAUUAGUGAUAAUGCCAAUUAAGCAAUAGUAAAAUGUUAGACUAUGGAGUAAAUCAACUUUGUCCAACUACUUAAUGCUUUUAAACAACAGAUCUUAGUUUUACCUUUUAAAUAUAGAUAAGAAACAUAGCUGCAGUACUGAAAUCUUAACUUUUUCUAAAUGAUGGAUUUUAACAAGAAUUUAUUUGGCAAAGUAUCAUAUAAAGUCAUUUCAAUAUAAGACAGUACUGAGUAGCAUGCUCAGAUUUCUUCUCUGUAUCCCAGACAUUUUAAAAAAUUUGCACUGAAAAGAAAGGGGAGAUUUUUCCCUCUCAGGCAGGGCAUAGGUCAGUCUCUAUUGGGAAUGAGCUAUUUUGGAAAAUCAGGUUAGGUGACUUCUUAAUUUACAUCUGUAAAAUUUGGCAGAUAUUAGACAGCCUUAAUCCAAGUCCUCAUUAGUUAAAAUUUAAAAUCAUGUUGCUAAUUUUAUUUUCAAAAAUUAAUUAUGGGGAAGAUAAAAUGUUAGGUCACAUGGGUAUAUACUGCCAUAUUUUAUUAAAAUCUUUUCAGUUUCAUUUUUAAAACCCUGAAGAUUAUUUUUGUGUGCAUGACAUGAUUUAUUUGGUUAAUUUUAUCAACUUGAUUUGUAAUCUAUUACUUCCUGUUAACCUGUAAUUUCACUGGGUUUAUUAUAAACACAAGCAUGCCAAAGCCUACUAUGCACUCUUUGUACCAAUCACUGUGCUAUUAUUGUCAAGACCAAAACCAUCUCCUUUGUUUGAUCCUCUGUUCUUGUUAAUUCUGGAUCAAACUCUAAAAAUUACCCAGCAUUUGUUUUGUGUGUUUUUUCUUAUGUCAUAGAAACUGUAGCUAAAAGAACAAAGUAGUUAUAUUUUUAUGUAAGUGGCAAAAUGUUAUAGUUCAAGAACAAAAACAAUUUCUCACAUAUUAGAAUGAUUUUUCUCCCCAGAGAAGUUCCAACAGUUGUUAACCUGUUUGGUUUUUUGUUGUUGUUGUUUAAGUAUGAGUGGAGAUAAUCCUAUUAUAGUCUCUUUUUUUCUAAAUGGCAUUAGCCAUUUGAACCAAAUGUUUAUUUACUUUGCUUUAUAAACAUUUUUUGGGGGGUGAGGGAAGGCCUUGUUUCUGUCAUUAAGUUUAGAUUAGUUUAAUAAGAAUGUGAGGGAAGUAUCUUUUCCCCUAAACCAAACAGCUUUGUACUUUGAGGAGAGGUGGAGAAGGUGGUGCUGUAAAAACUGCAUAAAAAUGUAUUUUUAGUCUGCUUCUCCUUUCCUUUCCCUAUUAUUAAAUCAUGCCUUUAGAGUCAGUGUAGCAAUUCUAACUUUUCUCCAUUUUGUGAAACAAGCAAGUUUCUAAAGGAGAUUCUUCUAUUAAAUAGUAGCUUAGCUUGUUCAUUCCCUAUAGGAUGAACCAAGCCAGUAUCUUAUGUAAACAGCUCAAUAACUGGAAAAUUAGAUUGAGUUAAUAUGUAUUUUUUCUUGUUAACCUACUUAAGGAGGAAAAAUUUAACCCUUUUAAGUUAGCUCCUUCUAUUCAUAUUUGUUUUUCAAAAAUCAAUGUUUCCAUCUCUACUUUAACUAAAUAAGGAAUGUUCUUUAAAGCCAAUUUUGCAUUGUUUUAUUCUGAAGUAUGUAUGACAAAUUUUGCUUUUAAUCAAAUGGAGCUUUCCCCCCUUUUCUAUGUUAUAUGGGCCCAAAGAUAUAGUCAUAUUAAACAUGUGAGGGAUAUCUUUAAAUGUGUUCCUCUUUUAUCUAUUUGGGCAUUUAAUCCUUGACUUUAUAGUUCUGUAAUUUAAAAAUAUAUAAUUCAGAUCUGCUUUAUUAAAAAAAAAAAAAACUUACUACAUAUGCUGUAUAUGCUGUUCAACAAUUAUAAUUUCCUGGCUUGUUAAAUUUUCAUAAUGUGAAGAUGUAUGUAUAGCUAUAUAUUUGUUAAAGCAGAGUUUAAUUUGUGUAGCAAAUGUUUUAUGAUAUCCUGUAUAUAUACUUGUAAAAAUUCUUUUGUAUAUUUUUUGUGAAAAUGUCAUUCCCCAAAAGAUUUACUGAAAAAAGCAUAUGUAACUUAAUAGUAAAUGAAAACAUUUUAAAGAAUUGCACAUUGUACACAGUUUUUGCAGUUACCAUCUAAAUGUUUUACUAAAAAAACAAACAGAC